CAGUAUUAACAAAAUCUCACUUCAACACUAUUUGAUUCCCUCAUUGGGUUUUUCUGGAAAUUUCUUCAAUUCUUCUGAUACAUAUAGAGAGAAAGAGAAAAAGAUUGAGCGUUAGAGAUAGAGAGGGAUGGGGAAUCCGAAGGUGAAGUGGACGUCGGAGGAGGAAGAUGCCCUAAAAGCCGGUGUGACAAAGCACGGUAGCGGAAGGUGGAAGAAUAUUCUCAGGGAUCCUGAAUUUGCCCUGGUUUUGAUUAAUCGCUCUAACAUCGACCUCAAGGACAAAUGGAGAAAUAUGUGUAUUUACACUGCUGGACAAGGUUCUAAAGAUAAAUCUAUAGUUGUUCGUUCAAGACCAAUGGAAAUAGAUGCAUUUGUGCCUUCCCCCAUUCAAAGUCUUCCGCCUAUUACUUCAGCAUUCGAGAAUGAAGCCAUUGAGGAUUCUCCCAAAAUCCCACAAGAAGGCUUGAAUGCUCCAAAGUAUAAUGAUUUGAUCUUUGAAGCUUUGUCAUCCAUGAGGGAUUCAAAUGGAUCUGAUCUUGGUGCCAUUGUGGGAUUUAUUGAGCAACGACAUGAAGUACCACCAAACUUUAGAAGGUUCUUGAGUUCCAAGUUGAGAAGACUGGUUAUGCAAGGAAAACUUGAAAAGGUCGAGAAGUGCUAUAAGAUGAAAGAUGCAUCAUUAGAAACCAAUAUACCUACUCCAAAACAAAAUGAUGUCCGGUCAUGGCCAGUUCCGAAUUCAGUUCCAAGACAAAAUGAUGUCCUGUCUUGGCCAGUUCCGAAUUCAGCUCCAAAACAAAUUGAUGUCCUGUCAUGGCCAGUUCCGAAUUCGGGUCCGAAACAAAAUGAUGUCCGGUCAUGGUCAGUUCCGAAUAUGGCUCCAAAGCAAAAUGAUGUCCGGUCAUGGCAAGUUCCGAAUUCGGCUGUAAAAGUCUCCAGUGGAACAGCAGAAGAAGCUGCUAGGAUUGCUUCUGACAGGGUUGCUGAUGCAGAAAAUAAGCGUUGCUUGGAAGUUGCAGCAGUCAGAGAUGCAGAAAUGAAGCUAGAAAUGGCUGAGGAAGCAGAGUUAAUGUUACAAAUUAUCAAUGAGAUCUAUGAUCAUUGUUCACAAGGUGAAAUUAUUCUCUUGGCUUGAUCACCAUGUGGAAUGGCUUGUAUAUACUGCUCGUUGAGAUGCCGAGAUGCUUUUCAUUUUCUGAUAGCAGUGGGUUCCAAACUUUAGGGUGCCAACCAAUUUACUUUCCUUUAGAAGUAUACUUGAGAAAAAUAAUGGAGCUUCAGAGACUAUGAUCGUUGCUAUCUUGUGUAUCCCUACCCAUUUAAGUUCUUUAGUACAGACAACAAACUAUAGGGUUAUGUUUCAAAUUUCAAAAUCCAGUUCAUAGAUUUGCUAUUGACCUUUUCGCUUAUGUUUUAGCGAGAGGAAGCUAUAUAGAUGAGAAUUUUAUUGUUA